GCGCUCACUGGGGGAGCUGCUGCAGGCUCCGCGGCGGCGGCGGCAACGGAGGCUGCGGGGGUGGCGGUGCGAGCGGCCGGGCUUGGGGGGGGAGCCGAGCCCGGCCCGGGAAUCCUAGCAGCUAGAGUGCGGGGUACCUAGGCCCCUCACACUGGAUUCCACAGUCUCCGGGCCGCCUGACCUCCGCACGGGUAUAUGGGAUGGAAGCGGGACCCUCGGGAGCAGCUGCAGGCGCAUACCUGCCCCCUCUGCAGCAGGUGUUCCAGGCACCUCGAAGGCCUGGCAUUGGCACAGUGGGGAAACCAAUCAAGCUCCUGGCCAAUUACUUUGAGGUGGACAUCCCUAAGAUUGACGUCUACCACUACGAGGUGGAUAUCAAACCAGAUAAGUGUCCUCGCAGAGUCAACCGGGAAGUGGUGGAAUACAUGGUCCAGCAUUUCAAGCCUCAGAUCUUUGGUGAUCGCAAGCCCGUGUAUGAUGGAAAGAAGAACAUUUACACUGUCACAGCACUGCCCAUUGGCAAUGAACGGGUUGACUUUGAGGUGACAAUCCCCGGGGAAGGGAAGGAUCGAAUAUUCAAGGUCUCCAUCAAGUGGCUAGCCAUUGUGAGCUGGCGCAUGCUGCAUGAGGCCCUGGUCAGUGGCCAGAUCCCUGUUCCCCUGGAGUCUGUGCAAGCCCUUGAUGUGGCCAUGAGACAUCUGGCAUCCAUGAGGUACACCCCUGUGGGCCGCUCCUUCUUCUCACCGCCUGAGGGCUACUACCACCCGCUGGGGGGUGGGCGCGAGGUCUGGUUCGGCUUUCACCAGUCUGUGCGCCCUGCCAUGUGGAAGAUGAUGCUCAACAUUGAUGUCUCAGCCACUGCCUUCUACAAGGCACAGCCGGUGAUUGAGUUCAUGUGUGAGGUGCUGGACAUCAGGAACAUAGAUGAGCAGCCCAAGCCGCUCACGGACUCUCAGCGUGUGCGCUUUACCAAGGAGAUCAAGGGCCUGAAGGUAGAAGUAACCCACUGUGGACAGAUGAAGAGGAAAUACCGUGUGUGUAAUGUUACACGCCGCCCUGCCAGCCAUCAGACGUUUCCCUUGCAGCUGGAGAGUGGACAAACUGUGGAGUGCACAGUGGCACAGUAUUUCAAGCAGAAAUAUAACCUUCAGCUCAAGUAUCCCCACCUGCCCUGCUUGCAAGUUGGCCAGGAACAAAAGCAUACCUACCUGCCCCUAGAGGUCUGUAACAUUGUGGCUGGGCAGCGCUGCAUUAAGAAGCUGACCGACAAUCAGACUUCGACCAUGAUAAAGGCUACAGCUAGGUCGGCCCCAGACAGACAGGAGGAGAUCAGCCGCCUGAUGAAGAAUGCCAGCUACAACCUAGAUCCUUACAUCCAGGAGUUUGGGAUCAAAGUGAAGGAUGACAUGACGGAGGUCACAGGACGAGUGCUGCCGGCGCCCAUCUUGCAGUAUGGCGGCCGGAACCGGGCCAUUGCCACACCCAAUCAGGGUGUCUGGGACAUGCGAGGGAAACAGUUCUACAAUGGGAUUGAGAUCAAAGUCUGGGCCAUCGCCUGCUUCGCACCCCAAAAGCAGUGUCGAGAAGAGGUGCUCAAAAACUUCACAGACCAGCUGCGGAAAAUUUCCAAGGAUGCAGGGAUGCCCAUCCAGGGCCAGCCUUGCUUCUGCAAAUAUGCUCAGGGGGCAGACAGCGUGGAGCCCAUGUUCCGGCAUCUGAAGAACACGUACUCUGGACUACAGCUCAUUAUUGUCAUCCUGCCAGGGAAGACGCCAGUGUAUGCUGAGGUGAAACGUGUUGGAGAUACACUUUUGGGAAUGGCUACACAGUGUGUGCAAGUGAAGAACGUGGUGAAGACCUCACCUCAAACUCUGUCCAACCUCUGCCUGAAGAUCAAUGUCAAACUUGGUGGCAUAAACAACAUCCUAGUCCCACACCAGCGCUCUGCAGUCUUUCAACAGCCAGUGAUAUUCCUGGGAGCAGAUGUUACACACCCCCCAGCAGGGGAUGGGAAAAAACCGUCUAUCACAGCAGUGGUAGGCAGUAUGGAUGCCCACCCCAGCCGUUAUUGUGCCACUGUGCGGGUGCAGCGACCUCGGCAGGAGAUCAUUGAAGACUUAUCUUACAUGGUGCGUGAGCUGCUGAUCCAGUUCUACAAGUCCACCCGCUUCAAGCCUACCCGUAUCAUCUUCUACCGAGAUGGCGUUCCUGAAGGCCAGCUCCCUCAGAUCCUCCACUAUGAGCUGCUGGCCAUUCGUGAUGCCUGCAUCAAACUGGAAAAGGACUACCAGCCUGGGAUCACUUAUAUUGUGGUGCAGAAACGCCAUCACACCCGACUUUUUUGUGCUGACAAGAAUGAGCGAAUUGGAAAGAGUGGUAACAUCCCAGCUGGGACCACUGUGGAUACCAACAUCACGCACCCAUUUGAGUUUGACUUCUAUCUGUGCAGCCACGCAGGCAUCCAGGGCACCAGCCGACCAUCCCAUUACUAUGUCCUUUGGGAUGACAACCGUUUCACAGCAGAUGAGCUCCAGAUCUUGACAUACCAGCUAUGCCACACUUAUGUACGAUGCACACGCUCCGUCUCUAUCCCAGCACCUGCCUACUAUGCCCGCCUGGUGGCUUUCCGGGCACGAUAUCACCUAGUGGAUAAAGAGCAUGACAGUGGAGAGGGGAGCCACAUAUCAGGGCAGAGCAAUGGGCGGGACCCCCAGGCCCUGGCCAAAGCCGUGCAGGUUCACCAGGAUACUCUGCGCACCAUGUACUUCGCUUGAAGGCAGAACGCUGUUACCUCACUGGAUAGAAGAAAGUUUUCCAAGCCCCAAGAGCUAUGCCACCCAAAUCCAGAGGAAUCAGGGAGGAGGGAGGUGGGGUAGGGAGGAGUGCAGAAGGCCUUGUUUCCUUCUACAGAUGGGACAUAAGGGUGGGGAACAGGGCCAGUAAGCCAGACCACCAGCCAGAAAUUUCUGAUAUUCACCUCAUACCCUUCACCCCAUCUUGUCACAUCUGACCCUGACCCCACUGGACCAAGACGGGCAGCACCAGUGCCCACCAUACACACAGGUGUCUCACGUGACUCACAGUGCUAAAGACUCAUGCCUGACAGCUUGGUAAGGUCGGCUCGGCUCUACAUUCCUGUGGAUAAAAGCUGGUAGGUUUGGGUUUGGUACUUCAGA